CCAGCGCCAGCGCCAGGCCCUAGGCCCUAGGCCCCAGGCCCCCGGCCGCGCGCGCGCUAAACGCCCAACUCUCAACUCGCAACUCCUCCUCUAAGCGCCACAAACCCACACUCACCCCGGCUCUUUCUGCCGCCCCCACCCAUCCCAGGCCCCGCCGCGCGCCCCGCCUGCCCCUGCCCCGCCCGGACCGCCCAUGUCGCGGCCCAAAAACCGAAACUCGCUCCUCGCCGGCCCCGGGCGCCUGGCCGCCGCGGCCCGCUCGUCCAAGGACCAGCUCUUGCUGCUCCGGUACUCCAUGGACCGCCCCCGGGAGCCCGUGCACGCGCUCGCCAACGGCGCCGGCCCGCGCGUGUACCCCGACUACCAGCCCUGGGCCGGCCCGCCGGCCGGCGCCGCGCGGCUCGCGGCCGCCGAGUGCCUCCACAACGGCUACCUGGAGCCGCCGGCGGUGCCCGCCGAGUCCUUGUCCGCGCGCACGUUGGUGCACGAGACGCUCCUCGCGCCGGACGCCGCGGCGGCCGCGCUCCUCGGCGAGCUUCUGCGGACGCUUGCCCGCGCGUACAGCGUGCGCAACGACACGCUCAACCGGAUCGCGGGCGCCAGCCACGCGCCCCGCCCGCCGCCCCGCGUGACCAUGACGGCGCCGCGCCGCGACGCGUGGCUCCGCGACUUGGCGGACGCGGACGUGCCGCUCGCGCGCGUGGCGGCCCGCGUGCCGCACGGCCUCCGCCACCGCCUGUUGCUCGACCACUUGUGUGCGUGGCAGGUGCCCGAGGCCCGCGCCGUGUGGUGCGUCAAGUGCGUGUUGGGCGCGGAGCUGCUGCUGCUGCGCCGCAGGCGCGACCCGCGCGACGCCCGCGGGCUCCUCGAGUGGACGCAGCAGGUGGCGGACCACGUGGCCCGCGAGUCGCGCGGGCCGCCGCUGCCGGGGCCGCGCCGCCUGCGCUUGGCCUACCUCUUGCGCCUCGUGCGCACGCUCUACGUCGAGCGCUUGGUGGACCGCGCGUGCUUGCUCGCGUGCGUGGCGCGCCAGGUGCGGGCCGCGCCCGCGGCGGACGGCCCGGCGCUCCACUACGGCGUGCUCCUCACGGCGUUGGUGCUCGUGCAGACGUUCUGGCGCGAUUUCGUGCGCCACGACGUGCUCGCGCGGCUGCACGCGGAGCUGCUUCUCUGGACGCACGUGGAGGUGGAGCGCGUGCCGGCCGCGGCGGGCCCGGGCGGCGGCGCGCUGCCCGGCGCGUUGCCGGCCGCCCUCCGCGACAGCAUCCUCGGCCUGGUGGCCGGCUGCGUGGCGCGCUUGUUCCGCCAGCGUUCCAGCGCGUUCAUCUUGCCGGCCGCGUGGCUGCUGGUGGGCCCGCUGCUCUUUCGCGUGUUGGCGCAGACCACGCCGCCCGGCGCCGCGCGCCGCCGCCUCGAGGCCGUGUUCCGCCUCGUGGACUACCGCAACGAGAGCCUCCUGUUGAACAUGCGCUACAGCGCCACGGGCCCCCGUGGCGCGGCGCCGCGUGGCCGCCCGCCCGACGACACGCUCGCGUUCAUCGGCCUGCUCGACCGCAUGGACUUGCGCGGCCCGCUCGCCGCGGCGCUCCGCCCGACGCCGCCGGCCGCCGAGCCCGCCAGGUGGCACACGCACGUGCGCCUCGCCGUGCGCUGGGGCGCCUCCGCGUGCCGCGGCUCGCGGCCGCUGGCGGAGCGCGUCUUGGUCUUGUGCAACUACAUCAAGAAGAGCGUGUUGCAGCCCUUGACCGCCCGCGGCAGCGCCACGCUCAAGGCCGAGUUCGAGGGCGAGCUCCUCGACAGCAUCUUCGCCUUGGCCCGCGUGCCCCGCGCCGCGCUCUGCAUGCACAGCCUCGCCGUCUUGGUCAACGAGCUCUGCCUGUUGCGGAUCAUCGCCAUCUCCGCCUACCUCCGCAAGAUCAUCGCCUGCGGCAUCUUCUACAUCUCGUCCCGCGAGAGCGAGCUCGGCACCGCCACCCAGACCGACCCGCACAUCUCCUUCCAUCUAUCCGUGCUCGCCAACUUGCCCGUCUUGAACAACAAGCAGCACUACCUGAUCCUCUCCAAGUGGACCCCCGAGGGCGAGAAGAUCUCGUCCAAUUACGCUCGCGGCAUGGAAGUCUCCAGGUCCCACGUCUUGCACGGCUUGCUCUCCGGCCACUUCCCGCACGACUUCGACGCCUUCCUCGCGGAAAUCCUUCUGUUCAGCGUCGGCGUCAAGUUCCUUCUCGCCAACUGGCUCACCUCGCAGAUCAAGUCCUCCAUCUCCCAGUCCCCGAAGCUCAUCCACUUAUCGCCCUCCGCUAUCGCGAGGAUCUACCAGUUCUACGUCGUCACCGACAACCUCACUCUCUUCUUCAGGGCGUUCCUCAGGUAUGUGUUGAAAAAUGAAGACAAGGUCAUCAUCUUCUACUUGGACACGCUACACUACGUUGGCCACUUGCUCCAGCACCAUUAUUUGCUUGUGAAUUUUCUCCCGGGCUCCAGCCCCAACCGCAUCUCGGCAUCCUACGAGCUCUUCAACCUCAUCAUCUCCGCAUACCAGGAUCUUGCUUCCCGCGAACCGGACUCUUAUGACUUUCGUCCUCUUUGGGAGUUUAUCAAUCUGUCCAUCGACACGAAUGUGGCUGGUGCAGCCGCCAGCAACCAAAUCAAGCUGGACGACCCCGACCUCGAAAGAUACAUCUUCACUAAGGACACUGCCGAGUCUCCUUUGAAAGUCCUGCUCCCUGCUCCUCGCCGCAAUCAAGCUUACUCCGCAGAGCUGUUUGUGCAGAACUUGAACCGCCUUCUCGCGGGGGAUUCGCUCCCCCCAACUGCUGACGAUAUCACCGAUUAUUGCAGAGACAUCGGGCCUGGGAACUUGAGUGUCCCUCCCGAACACUUUUCCCCCGAGCUGGACGCGGCUUCAACAUUACAAGUACUACUUCAAUCCUGGUAUGCAUCAGCCGACCAACUUGAAGAGCGCCAGGACUGUGCAUUUUCAAAACUCACUAAAAUCACCAUGAAUGCCAUGGAAAAAAGAAAUAGGGUCUUCCAAACUAAAGCAGCAUUCAAGUCUGCCGGGAUUUUGGAUUCCUCCGAUUGUGCUCGCCUAAGAAGGUUCCUCAUCAAAGUGAUCUAUCAUCGCAUCCUUCUGUUUGCAGAUACCAUCUCAAUGAUAGCCGAAGCCACAGAUGCCGGGGGGAACUCAAAACUCCAUCCUUUGGCCUCUUCUUUGGUAUUUGGUAAAGAGGUCAUCUCGCAUAAACUGUUUUAUUCCGAAUCCGUGAUGUUCACAAUCUUGCAAACGCAGUAUCGAUCCACAAACAUAGAGGAGCUCUUUCGUUUAGCAAUCAAAGAAAUGAAGGACUCUCUUGGAUCCCGAGAUAGCGACAUUUGGGGUCUUCACAGUGAUGUAAUGAAAGAGACAGUGAUGCAGGUAAUCAUCAAUCAUAAAGACUUUGCAAUAUCACUCAUGUUUGCAGAACUCCCCGCGCAUGUCAAUGCUAAGUUGUGUUGCGACCUACUACAAACUGACUGUGAUGUCAGUACCAUUUGGUCUUGUACAUCGCUCGCGCCUUUGGCCAAUGAAUUUUCAUUGCCAGUCUUCCAACUCUUGUUGCUUGUAUUGUCCUCCAAUGAGCACCUUUCAGNAGCUGAAAUCGGACGGUUCACUUUGAAAUUCAUGGAUGCAUGUGAGUUUGCCAUCGAUUCAAGCGACUCGUACUUCGGGGAGCUAUUCAACUAUCUUGAAUGGGAGGAUAAGGCUAAAAUCUUCAAUUAUUUGGAGCUGUACUUUCUUACCCACCGGGACUCCUUGGCAGUUUGGGAAAGCGAUUUUGGGUCCAAUGAAGAAACAAAUUUGUUGAUGUUCUCAAGAAAAAAUUUGCAAGGAGUCGAGCUUUUGCCGGUUUUCAAGGACUUCUUCAAGAAGUUUUCUGUAUCCAGCACUGAGAGUUUGGAGAUGCUGCUCGACAAAUUUGAGCAGUUUUCAAGCCUACUUCUGAACAUCCUUGAGCUUGUGGACAAUGCGGCCGUACUCAAGUUAUAUUCGCGGCAACUUCAUGAUAUCAUUUCUGUUUUCUUGAGACUUUUGAUCAUCCAUAGCGCUUCUCUCACCAAGGUGAUAGCGAUGCAUGACUCAUUGCACUUUGUCUUUUUGAAAAAUAUGAUGCUUCUACUAAACUCCACUUAUUUGGCCAGUGGGCAGGAUAAGUUAAAAAUUUUGCUCUUUGACUUACUUUUCCAAAUCAAAGGUUCGCUUACGCAAGCUUUGGCUGCGCCGCAUGAGGACGACAUCAUGGGGAGUUCCCCUCAAGUUCCGGAAGCCAAUGCCAAAACUGAGCUUUCUCCUGACGGUGCAACGCUCGAGAGUACCAACAGCGCGGCCAUCAUGACAAUGUCCAUGAUCUUGAAUCUCCCAGAACCUGAAAUGAACUCAUACGAUUUCGGCACAGAUGAAGAGUCAAGUCCGAUUACACUUGAUGAUGAAGAAAUCAAUCAGAGCAGCGAUGUGGCAAUGGCGAAUGACCCUAAUCUUGUUCUAAAACUGAAAGAAAAUAGUGUCGAGCAGGAAGACCCGUUCAGGCCAACUGACCUGAAGUUCACCAAACAGUUCCGAAUGGAGAGCGUGGCCCUAAUAGAGGACACCACUACGGAAAUCAACUCGGGGUGUAUAAGUCUUUCGAUGUUCGGUGCCUACACAACGAAGGAAAAUCCUUACUAGAGCCGGAACAGAAUAAACAGAUUGCAAGAGAGAUACUAAUUAUGAUCGUUUAGCACCCGCGGGGGUGACGACAUGGUGCGGCCGCGCAUUUUGGGCUAAACUGCACACAUGGCGACGUCAUCGUGCAAUUGUGUACCUCGAUUGGUUUCUGGACGAGUGCUCGUUCUGCAGGUAGCAACAUAACCCUUCGGGUAUC